GGGCAAGGCGCGGAUCGGAGGGGUUGCGGACGGACACUUCCUGGAGCAGCCAGUUGGGCGGAUUCUUGGUGCGGAAGGAACAAUUGCUGCCGUUUGAUGAGAAACAGCAACCUGCACAAGCCCACCCACCCCCACUGCACCUGGGACUGGUCACUGUCGGGAAUGAAAACGACUCGGCAGUGGACGAACGGGCCUUUGCCGUUCUUGCAGCUGUCACACUCGCCGCCAACAGGCGCAGUCACGCCGCACAC